AUGGCUGGCCCCAAGAUCCCCUCAAGCCAGACACCCUUGGCCUCCCCGCCUCCCGCCUACACUCCACACACAGCACCCGAUAUUGCUUCUCAGGUGCGGCAACAACUGCGAGAGCCUUUCAUCAUGGGUCGGCCCUCCAUGCCCGAGGCUGUCUUGGAGGCCUUGGCGACCGAAGACGAGGAUGAACAAGACCAGGAGGAGAGCAUCUCCCCAAUCAGCCUCCGCAUCAACACAUCGGUCCUCAUCUCCAAGAACAACAAUUUGGUGUGUUUGACCGACACGCCUGCCAGCCACGCCAACGCAAUCGCCAGGGCCGUGGUCAAGGCCAUCCAAGAGAACAGCUCCGGCCAGUGCGGCAUCCCCAUGAUUGACGAGGAUGGCCGUCCUCGGCCUGUCAAGAUUGAGGUUGACGCGGGCAUCACCGUCGAGGGCUCAGGAAACAUUGUCGGCAACGAGGCCGUCGUGAACGAGGUCCUCCGCCAACGCGGCCUUGGCCGCAAGAGGGCAGCGGACUUUGAUGAUGAGAGCGAUCUGUCUGCCCCUCCAACGAAGCAACGCCGUGGAAGUGGCAGCAUCAGGAGCAACUCCCCUUGA